UGCAGCUGUCCUGGGUUAGUUUCUCUGUACACACUGAGGUUUCGGUCAAAUUAGCCAGCUUCUUCAAAGUGAGCACACAGAGGAGAGAAAGCUACAGAUACCGCAGGUGUGGCUGCUGCCGGACUGACACAGCGGACAGCUACAAGGAAAUCUCAGGUGUGUUCUGUGGUGGACUUUAUUUGCAUGGGAAGAGAUAUACGUGUACCUGGCAUUCCAAUUCAGCCUUUUGGAACACGACCCGAAUGAGCUUCAGCAUCCAAGAACUCCACAGCUGAGGAAUCUAUAUGUCAGGAGACAAAUAGCAAUGGGACGGACCUCUAGACGGCAGGAGGUUUGAAACCUGGUGUGCUGUACCCGAAAAGAGCUUCUCGGCCUCUGCUGUGUGGCCCAACAGCAAUGCGGACCCCAACGCCCAUGAUUGUGGGCAUUGUGUUAGGCCCCUGUGGCUUCGUCUUGAACCUGACCAGCACUCUGGCCCCCAGCUGGAGAAACGUUAGCCAGAUCGAAGGCAAGCCCUUUGAUCUGAUUGAGCAUCAAGGCCUCUGGCAAUUGUGCGACGAGUUUCAGGGCAGCAGCACGACCAACUGCCGGAAUGUUGAAGAUACCCUCGGGUACUUUUCCCAGCUGCCUGUGCAAGUGGCCAAAGGCCUCAUGCCUGCGUCGCUGGUGGUCAUUGGCGUGGGGGUAGUGGUGACCUCACUGGGAGUGCGCUGCUGGCAGGACAGGCCCCAUUAUUUGCUGGCUGGGCUCGGCGGCCUGCUGCUCUUCCUUUCUGGGCUGCUGAGCCUUAUUGCCGUUUCUUGGUACAAUUAUGAACUGUAUAACCUGCCCGCGCCCGCUCGGAGCACCAGGGAGUUGGGUUACUGCCUGGUGCUGGGCUACCUCGGGAGCUGCCUGGAAAUCAUUGGAGGCUUCUCUCUAACCUUCAGCUUUGAUCAGUGCUGCAAAGAACGCAAGCUUAAAAAAGCCGCCAUGGAUUACGCUUAUCCUCCCAGCAACCAGCAGGGCCCAACCACUGUGGCAGCCAUCUCGCCGACCGUUGAUAGCAGGGACUUCCAGAUGUACCACAGAAAUCCAGGGCCCAGAUCCUACACCAAUUCCUUGGACGUACUGGAAGAUGAGCGGGCCUUCAGGGGUGUUAGCCUGCCCUGUGACUCAGAUCUGUAACCCUAAUCAGGCAAAAGUCUUACUAGAGGAGAACAGGUUGAGCGCUGUUAAGGCGGCUCAUUAUAUAAUGGCGGAACAGCAAAGUCCAAGAAUGGUCAUUCAAAACUGCAACCGUUUCCUACCUAUCUAUACAUGAAUAAAAUGCUGGGGGCAGCUGGAGCACCAAGAGUCUGGACUUGCAUUAUAAUGUACAUUUAAAUACUGUUAAUUUUUAAAGGCAGUAUUUAAAAUCGCUGUUGCGUUAAGGAAAUAAAUUAUAUGGAAGUAUGAGUUGUCCUCCUUGCCAGGCCUGUGUAACCAGCAGUUAAGCAGCAGGAAGGGGCUAAGUAAGACCCCCAAAUGGUGACCCCUUAGUGUAUUGAAGUGCAGAUACAUCGCCUUCAUCUAGUAUAGCCAAUGGACAUCAUGACAGGAAUUUUAGCUCAGCACAUCUGAAAGGUGUGAGGUUGGAGUGAGCAGAAGUAAGGGUACAUCCAAUGAACCAUAAUAGGAAGGUGUAACUGCAGAAACCAAGAGACAAGUACUGUAAAGUUAGGCUACAAUCCUAGGUCACUCUUACCUGGAUCUAAAUCCCAUUCAAAUUCAGUAGGACAGGCGUCUGAGUAAUACACGGACAGGAUUCCAUUCUCCAUGUAACAUAAACCACUUCUGCACCAAGCCCUUUGCUGUUGCUGAAGCAUGGCGCUUCUACAAACAUUCCCCUAGAGAAUAUUUUCAUCUUCAAAAUGUAUUCUUUCUCAGCCUUCAAUGAGAGAAGCUGCGGUGGGAGUGGGGCAUAUGCAGGCUCCACCCUGUAGCUCUGCACACCGAGUAGAAGGAAGAGACAUUGGGUUGAUUAAGGUGAUCAACUGCUGCACUGAAUGCAUGGUAAGAACACAAGUGCAUUCUGCAAACAGAAAGCUUUUAAUUAAAGAUAUAGCUUUGCCUGUUCACAUUGGUAUUACAGUUACUCUGUUUCAGCCCCUCAAAAACAAGAUGUCAAAGGAGAAGACCAAUGUGUAGCCUGCAUAAUUAAAUUGUAAACUGCCCAGAGAGUGCUCGAAGCACUAUGGGGCGGUAUAUAAGCAGCAUGCUUUGCUUUGCUAUUGUGGAUGCAAUUGCAAUC